UGGAUGAGGACGAGACGGCGGAGAGCCGGCGCUGGGGCGCACAGCAUGCCGGUGCCCGUGAGCUGGCGGCGCUCUACUCACCAGGUAAGCGCCUCCAGGAGUGGUGCUCCGUGACCCUGUGCUUCAGCCUCAUCACCUACAACUUGGUUCACCUCCUGCUGCUAGCCCGCUGGGAGCACACACCCCUCGUCAUCCUGGGUGUUGUUGCAGGGGCUCUCGUUGCUGACUUCCUGUCUGGCCUGGUACAUUGGGGUGCCGAUACAUGGGGCUCUGUGGAUCUGCCCAUUGUGGGGAAGGCCUUCAUCAGGCCAUUCCGGGAGCACCACAUCGACCCUACAGCCAUCACGAGGCAUGACUUCAUUGAGACCAAUGGUGACAACUGUCUGGUGACACUUCUGCCGCUGCUGAAUAUGGCCUACAAGUUCCGAACCCAGAGUCCAGAGACCCUGGAGCAGCUGUACCCCUGGGAAUGCUUCGUCUUCUGCCUGACUAUCUUUGGCACCUUCACCAACCAGAUCCACAAGUGGUCACACACAUAUUUGGGGCUGCCCUACUGGGUCACUGUCCUGCAGGACUGGCACGUGAUCCUACCACGGAAACACCAUCGAAUCCACCACGUGGCGCCCCACGAGACAUACUUCUGUAUCACCACAGGCUGGCUCAACUACCCCCUAGAGGUGAUAGGCUUCUGGCGUCGCUUGGAGGACCUCAUCCAGGGCCUGACGGGUGAGAAGCCUCGGGCAGAUGACAUGAAGUGGGCCCAGAAGAUCAAGUAGCGUUUGCAGCUGCCUGGUCGCCAACUUUCCCCAGCCUGAACUGAAGCCAUCUGCCAAAUUCUGGCCUCUUUGAGCUGCCCUUCCAGUGAAGAGUCCCCUGGGCUGGGCCCGGGUACCCCAGCCCCAGCCCACCCCC